AUGGAACUCUGCCCAACAGAUUUUGUUAUAGAAGAAAAUCUUUAUGACAGCGAUGUGGUCCCACAACUACAAGAUGAAAAUCUACCAGUAGAGGAACCAGCUGUACAGCAAAUUAUUACAGUGGCAAAUGUGCAUAGCGAAGAGUCACAACGUGUAGCUAGAUGGUUGGAAGAGACGGACGAAGAGGAGGAGAAUGAUUUAGAGGACCUGCCGAGUAGCGAAGAUGAAGAAGAUUGUUGUUUAGAAGAAAGACACGAUUCUGAGUCGGAGCAAGAAAGCGAUGUAGGGGAACAGAUAAUCCCAGAUACUCCAUCUGCAUUGCAGCCGUUAUCAGAGUCAAGCUCAGACGAGGAUGUUCCAUUGGCCAAUUUAAGGAUUUACAAAUCUAAGUCAGAAAGAGAUGCUAUAAAACGAAGAUUUUAUGAAAAAUUUAAUAUACCAGCUGUUUUGGGUUGCAUUGAUGGUACACAUAUAAGUAUUGUUAGACCCACAGAAAAUGAGGAGAGGUUUUUCAACAGAAAACAUUUUCAUUCAAGAAAUGUUUUAAUUAUAUGUGAUGCUGAUUUAAAUAUACUGUCAGUAGAUGCUUCUUUUGGCGGAGCCUCUCAUGAUAGUUUUAUAUGGAACCAGCAUCCAGUUAAAAACCAUAUCAUUUCGUUGCUUAGUUCAGGAGAAAAUGUGUAUUUAUUAGGUGACUCAGGGUAUGCUCAAAGGGAGUAUAUGAUGACUCCCAUACUGAAUGCUGACGUGGACUCUCCUGAAGGAUAUUAUAAUAAGUUGCAUUGCUCAGCUCGUAACACUGUAGAGCGAGCAAUAGGUGUAUUAAAAAAUAGAUGGCGAUGUUUGCUGGGCCAUCGGGUGUUGCAUUAUCACCCUAACACAGCAGGAAAAAUAAUGAUCGUGUUGAUGAUGUAG